CGUUAUAGUUGGUUGCCGGUGUUGGAGUUCGAUACUAUUUGUUGAAUUAUUCUCCUCACAAACUUCGGAUUUUGUGUCAUACAAAAAUAUAGAUAAUUAAUCAAUAUUAUUUAUAAAAAUUUUUAGCUUAUUCCUAUUUCACUAGGAAUUAAUAAAUAGACACGACAAGCCACCACGUUCAACGACCUGAAUAUCAACAAAAAAUCCUUAUUGGAGGGGUAGUGUCGAACUGCAGUUUAUUGAACGUUUGAACUCGAGGAAAAACAAACAGAUCAAAUAAGAAUUUUCAUCGAGUCGACGCCAUUGCCACUAGACACUCGUGAAGAAAUUAUUUCACAAGCUACUGGAUUUCCUUGGAGAAAAUAGUAGGAAUUUGAGGAGAAUUAAGGCUUAAAAGGUCAAUGGAGGAAAAUAAUCAAGUUGAAGUCGUAGAAAUCCCAUGUAUUGAAGAGGAUAAUUCAAAUUCUUCCACUAAUUCUCCAGUAGCUUCUACAAGUACUCCUCAAUCUGUUUCUCAGGAUGAAUAUUCUCUUGGUUCCUCUCCUACCGACUCAGAAAAAAGUGACAUGUCAACACAUCAUACUGAUGAAACUGAUGAAAAGAGCCUUUCUCGACAAGGGAGCAAUGUUUCUCUAUCAAGCAACACUCUAUGCAAAGGAGUAUAUGACAACUUCCGGGGCUCACAUCCUCUUUACGAGGACACUGUCUUAACAAUCGAGGGACUUCAUCUCUACCUAAACUCAUGUUUUACAUGUGGAGUUUAUUGGAAAGCUGAUCAUGUUACCAUUGGCUGCAAUGAAUGCGGUGGUUAUGGUCUAAAGAGACCGUGUCCAGAAUGUGAUGGUCAAUGUCAAGUCAUGUGGAAACGUAAUCUCACCAUGUCCCACUCAAACCACAGAGCAAAAUGGUCCGGUGAAUGUGGAUUUAAAAGUAAAGACAGUUUAGAAGAAAAUUUGACACCAGCUCUCGAAAAGCUCACUACAACUCCAUGAAUACAGCCAUCAGUUACAACGUAAUACAUUACGAUCUCAGCCUCUAACAGUACAUAAGACUUAAUCAUCAUCAUCAUUCAUUUGCAUACAUCUUUCAUUCUACCUCCGUGAGAAUCCAAUAAGUGAAUGGACCACUGGGGCGAGAUUUUAGUAUCUCUUAUUAUGGCUAAAUAAUACCAACAACGACUUCAACAUUUUUUUAUCGUAUAAUUAGAAAGACAUAGAAGAGCUUCAACUUUUUCCCGGAAUGGUUUUUAGUCGAAAGAACAACGAGGUUAGAUAAUUUGCAUAGCAUAAAAAGGAAUUCUAGGUUGCCUUUCCCACAAAUCCGUCAAUUCUUGACAAUGUUUUUAAUGAACUGAUUAAGAAAGAAUCUUCAGAGGUGCGUCAAUUAGAUUAAUUGUUUAAAGUUAGUAUUUUUUAAUUGUUAAAAAA